AUGGUCGCAUACGGUGGUGUUAAACUAGUGCUAAAUCACCUUACUCCCCCGGACCCAGAGAACCAGAAGAAGGAGGAACAACGGCAGAAGUCAGCGGCCAUUUUACGCAGAUUAUACGGAGAUGAUGAUUCAAAGGGUGGUGUCCGAAAAAGCGAGCUCGUUCUCAACCAAUAUGAACAAGCUAUCGCGGCGGAACUCGUCGACCCGAAGGAUAUCCCCGUUCGAUGGGACGACAUAGCGGGUCUCGACGACAUUAUCAAAGAUCUCAAGCAAUCUGUUAUUUGGCCAUUGAUGUACCCAAAACUCUUCGCUGCGAACCCGGCAACUCUUCGAAGCGCCCCUUCUGGUGUCAUCCUUGAGGGACCACCUGGCUGCGGAAAGACUAUGAUUGCUAAGGCGCUGGCGGCUGAAAGCGGGGCAUCUUUCAUCAACUUGAAUAUUUCUACAUUGACGGAUAAGUGGUAUGGUGAAUCCAAUAGGCUUGUUCGGGCGGUUUUCACUCUCGCGCGCAAGGUCCAGCCCUGCAUCAUCUUUAUCGAUGAAAUCGAUGCGCUUCUUGCGAAACGAUCGGAACGUGAUCACGAAGCAAGCGGAAUGGUCAAGGCAGAAUUCAUGACACACUGGGACGGUCUUCAAUCUGAGAGUGCGACGGAAGGGCGCCAGCGCAUUGUGGUCUUUGGAGCUACCAACCGUAGCGACGCUAUUGACAAAGCCUUCAUCAGACGGUUGGGCGGCAAGCCUAUCGAAGUGAGACCCCCAGAUGCAAGAGGCCGUGCCAUUCUUUUCAAGAAGCUUCUUAAGAACGAUUUCGUGGACUGGGAAGACCUUGAUCUUGAAGAGGAGAAGGAAGAUUUGAUGAAGAUGGACAUCAGCGAAUUACUGCAGAAGCCGUUGAUCCGACGAACUGAAGGCUGGACCGGCAGCGAUAUUAAGGAUGCAUGUGUCAGAGCAGUCAACACCACCACACCCUACGAGGCUAUUGAAGCAAUGUUGUCAACAGGCAAAGACUUGAACCAAGUGGCCUCAGAGGAAGUUCUGGAUCCCGUCCGCCUGAGCAACUUUUUCAAAGACGUGGAAAUCAAGUCAAUCCCGGUGAAGCCAGUGGCGGCACCCGUAAAGAUUCUCACCGAGGAGAGAGAGGAUUGGCUCACCGAAUCUGAAUCUGCCUCGACUGACACACACUCCAUGCGACCUGAAUCUCCUGAGUGA